UAAUACGGUUCCUACCGUGGCUUCCACCCUGAGGGCCAAGAACCUAGCCGCACCAACAACCAACAAGACCAGAUCCGCAGGGGCCGUUGACCGAAGAUGGCGAUGGCGGCUCUCCGAUGCACCGCCGGAAGGAGGCUGGCCGGUGGCGGCCGCGUUCUACCGCCGGCGCUCAGCCGGCCUCGCCCCGCCGCUCCCGGCUUGGGCCGCCCAAAUCUCACCCAGGCCUUUUCAUCGCACGGGAAAGAAGAAGCCGGGAGGGAGGUCCUGGAGCAGAUCCAAGAGAAGAAGGAGAAGCUGUACGACCUCAUCCUGCGCCACGGCUAUAAGCGCAAUGACGGCUCCAUGUGCUACGCAAACGUCCAGCUCAUGCAUCAUCUCUCCGCGCACAUCAAACCUAGGCCCGAAAGCAUCGCGUGAGAGGUAUUGACUGUGGAGUGAUUCAGUGGGUUAAUGGACCCUGGCCUGUCAUACUUCAGAGGUGCCUGACAAACUAUGGGAGAUGUUUCAUGACCAGAACUGUGGCAGGGUGAUGGAUGAUGCGUCUUGAACUACGUCGGUAUUUCCCCAAAGAGGAAGGGAUGAUGCAGCACAGCUACGGUAGGUAUUUCCCUCAGUGAUAAGACCAAGGUUAUCGAACCAGU